ACCUCCACCAAAAAACAAUACCACGCUACCCUGACGCUGCCCGUGCCGAACCACACCGUCUGUCUACGAUAACUCAGCAGGCUCAACCUCUGCGACAGCUUCCUACCGAUACCGCAUACCUUGUAGGCAUUCACAAGCGUAGUCAACCAUAGUUGUUGGACACCGGGUGGCAUUCACGAAUCAAAUCACACACGAACUCACACGUUUCUGUAUUGGUGAAGCGUUUUUCUGGGCAUUCUCUUGUACAUAAACCAACUUAAUACGUAUUUGAGGCUAAUCUCUCUUUAUUUUCUUUGAAUCUUCUGUGUUUUUUUUUAUUUUUUUGGUCCUGAAACGUUGUCUGCUUGAGCCAAUUUUAAGCCGACUUUUCUUUUUGUAAUUAGGUCUAUUUAUAAGCGCACACAUACACGCUUUCAGCGCUUUUCUUCAUUCUUCAUUUCUCGUUAACGUGUUCGUAACGGUCAAAAUCACGUUCAACAAUGCGUAAAAAGGUUCUACUGAUGGGCCGCAGCGGCAGCGGCAAGAGUUCCAUGCGAAGCAUCGUAUUCAGUAAUUAUGUGGCCAAGGACACCCGCCGGCUGGGUGCUACAAUUGACAUUGAGCAUUCUCAUGUACGAUUCCUCGGUAAUCUUGUUCUCAACUUGUGGGAUUGCGGUGGACAAGAAGCUUUCAUGGAGAAUUAUUUGACUGCUCAAAGGGAUCACAUCUUCCGCAAUGUUCAAGUGCUUAUUUAUGUUUUCGAUGUCGAAUCUCGCGAGUUUGAUCGCGACUUACACGCGUUUGAAAGUUGUCUCGAGGCUACUGUGACCAACAGCCCAAAGGCACGCGUGUUUUGUCUUAUCCACAAGAUGGAUCUUGUGCAGGAGGAUCUUCGCGACGUAGUGUUUGAGGAACGCAAGGCUAUUUUGAUGGAAAAAAGCAAUGUGCUUGAAACAACAUGCCUUGCUACGUCUAUUUGGGAUGAAACCCUAUAUAAGGCUUGGUCAGCUAUCGUUUACACGCUCAUCCCAAACACUCCUACCCUCGAGUACCAUCUGAAGGCUUUCAGUAAAGCAGCGGAGGCAGACGAAGCUGUUUUGUUCGAGCGUACGACAUUCCUUGUCAUUUCAUCUUACUCAUCAAGCCGUAACGUUGCUACCGACAUUCACCGAUUCGAGAAAAUCAGUAACAUUGUGAAACAGUUCAAACUGAGUUGUAGCAAAAUGCAAGCUCAGUUUACAUCGUUCGAGCUUCGUGGCGGGAACUUUUCUGCUUUCAUUGUUCCAUACACAGAUGACACAUACAUUCUGGUUGUCAUAUCUGAUCCCGAGGUCGAGUCUAUGACUACGUUGAUGAAUAUUACUCGUGCUAAGAAACACUUCGAAACACUUGAAACCGCAGAUUAUUCUAUGCGUCCCCAUUAAUGGCUGUUCCGUGUUGCCGUCCUCUAAUUAUUUUGUACUCCGAAGCAUGCAUGUUCACGUUCAAGUCCUUAAGACACUUGCUUCAAGCAAUGUAACGUUCACCUGUGCUGUUUUCUAAUCCUUUCCCCAUUUACACGCCUUUUCAUGACACUCUUUUAUAUUGCUGCUAAUUUUAUUUCAUUGAAUUGUAUAGUGUACAAAAUUAGUUCCAAAUA